AUAGGUUGCUGAGCAGGAUGCCCUCUGACCUCCAGGAGUGUCACCUGACCUCCAGCUGUGGCUCUUACAUCAAGACCGAGCCCUCCUCCCCUUCCUCCUCAUUGGUUGACACCGUCAGUCACCACAGCCCCUCGGCCAAUAGCGACGCCAGCAGCGGCUACGUCAACGUAAACAACCUCAACGGACGCUCGCACGUCCUCGACUCCCAGCCCAUGUUCAACCCGGGCAUGCUGGGAGGGGGCGGAGCCUGUCUCCGGCGCUAUGACGACUGCGGAGUAGGCAUGGCAGAUGAUUCACCAAUCAAGUGCGAGUAUAUGUUGAAUGCGAUUCCGAAGAGGCUGUGUCUGGUGUGUGGGGAUAUAGCAUCAGGUUACCACUAUGGGGUCGCCUCCUGUGAGGCCUGCAAAGCCUUCUUCAAAAGGACCAUCCAAGGGAACAUAGAGUACAGCUGUCCGGCAACAAACGAGUGUGAGAUCACCAAGAGGAGACGCAAAUCCUGCCAGGCCUGUCGUUUUAUGAAGUGUCUCAAAGUAGGCAUGCUCAAAGAGGGUGUGCGUCUGGAUCGUGUGAGGGGUGGAAGACAGAAGUACAAGAGGAGAAUGGGGGAUACAGAGAACGGGGCCUAUCUAGGCCUGACACUUCCCCCUCCUGCCAAAAAGCCAUUGACAAAGAUCGUGUCUCACCUGCUGGUGGUUGAACCAGAGAAGAUCUAUGCCAUGCCAGACCCGACCAUGCCAGACGGAGACAUCAAGGCCCUGACCACACUGUGUGACCUGGCUGACAGAGAACUGGUGGUCAUUAUCGGCUGGGCCAAACACAUCCCAGGAUUCUCCAGCCUGUCUCUGGCAGACCAGAUGAGUCUACUGCAGAGUGCCUGGAUGGAGAUCUUGGUCCUGAGCAUCGUGUUCCGCUCGUUGGCCUGCGAGGAGGAGCUGGUGUAUGCUGAGGACUAUGUGGUGGAUGAGGAACACGCUCGUCUAUCCGGCCUGCUGGACCUGCACGUUGCCAUCCUGCCUCUGGUCCGACGCUAUAAGAACCUGAGCAUGGAGAAGGAGGAGUUUGUCACGCUCAAGGCCAUCGCCCUCGCUAACUCGGACUCCAUGCAUAUAGAAGAUGUAGAGGCUGUUCAGAGGCUCCAGGACUCUCUCCAUGAGGCAUUGCAGGACUUGGGUGCCCACAACACGGAGGACCCUCGGCGGGCAGGAAAGCUGCUGAUGACCCUUCCCCUGCUCCGUCAGACCGCGGCCAAGGCCGUGCAGCACUUCUACAGCAUCAAGGUGCAGGGGAAAGUGCCCAUGCACAAACUCUUCCUGGAGAUGCUGGAGGCCAAGGCUUGAUGAUUGGACCGGGGGAUUGACGGACAGCUGCAUCACCCAAUGAGGAGGAUGGACAGCCCGUGAAUAGGUGGGGUAACACCAUGGAGACCUAUGACAGCUACGGGAUGAAGUUGACUGCUGUUACUGUGGCUCGAAACCCACGUCUAGAACUGAAGAAAAGAGCAAUAGAGCAGGAAAAUAGACCAACAGAUUUUAGGGGUGAAUAUAAAACGCUUUGAUGUAGGAUAUAGUCAUGUAUAUGAAGAUGCUGUGUACAGAACUGUGGGUCUUGUUAUAAUCAGAGACCUUUGCUCUAGAUCACCGGUAGCUACUGGGAGUUCUUUCUCUUUUGUUUUAUAAUCUCAGUUGUAAAGAGGUUUGUUUCUUUUCACCUUGAAGCUGAAGUAUGACUAUUAGUAAUAUGUUGUGAUGAAUCUGAAUGGUUAGAGCCACUCAGUUAUCUUUUUUGUUUUAUAAUCUCAGAUGUACAGCAUUACAGGUAGUGGUAUAUAUGUAUUUAUGGUUAUUGUGUCAAAUUGCAGUGUUAAAGGGGUUUGGGGAUGAUUUCAUAUUAUGUUCAUCAACCUCAAAGAAACAGAUCCCUACACCUAUGAAGAUAAAAGCUUCUGAAGUCUUCCUAACCAGAUCUGGGUUCAAAAUAUGUUGAACGUUUGAGUCUGCCUGGAGUGCCAUAUGGGUGAGAUUUGCCCUUUUGGGACUAUAGCAUUAAUUCAGUUGGUCAAGCAAACUCAUUCCAAAUACUAUUUGAACCCAGGUCUGUUUGUAACAUAUUUACCUCCUAGUUUCAUCAAUAACACUGUCCAUCCAUCCAAGUCUGGUGCUUAGGGAGGGAUGGA